UGGAAUGAGACCCAAACCAAGAGCUAAUGCUAAAGACCAACAAAAUGUGGAGGAAUAAUAACCCUAACACGUAAUAAAGGAGGAGAAACCUAUUAGUGAUAAAUAUUAGGUGAAAUACAAUUCAAAAACUCAAUUGAGAUUGGAUGAAAAGGAGAGUUUUGUAUUAGGAGUGCCAGGGACUAAAAUUUAUAGUGUGAAAUGGGAUGCUGAAGAUAAAUAUAUUGCUUGUGCAUGUGAAAACGGGACGGUUCGAAUUUUCAAUGUCAGAAAAAGGUAACUGUCCUAUUUGAUAAAUUCUCUUGUUCCCAACAUCCCAUUUUCAUAUGUUAAAUGGAGACCCCAAGCUUAGCAAUUUAAGACUAGAAACAUCUUUGUAACUGGAAACACAAAGGGUGAAGUGCAACAUUGGCAUAUGACUAGUGGGAAGUGUUUGGGAACAAUGAAGGAAGACAAUUCUGAUAUCUAUUGUAUAGAUUACAAUUAAGACGCAACAAAAUUGGCAGUAUGUGGGUUGAAUCCAAUCAUUCGUAUACAUGAUGAAGAGAAAAGAGUGGUUGAUGUUAGACUAGGAGUAGAAUAAACAUAACCACCAGGUCAUAAUAAUAGAGGUAUAAAUAUAUGCUAUAUGCAGUUUAUUGUGUUAAAUUUCAUCCUCAAAAUCCUAAUAUGUUAAUAUCAGGCGGUUGGGAUUACAGAGUUUUAAUCUGGGAUAUUAGAUAAAAAAAACCAGAAGCCAAUUAGAUUUAUGGUCCAUUGAUUUGUGGUGAUGGCAUAGACAUGAGAGAGUCUUUUGAUGGGCAACAAUUGUUAACAGCAUCAUGGUCACAAGAGAAACAAUUACAAACAUGGGAUCUUAGAACUUGUAAACUGAUUUGUAAUUUUGAUUGGAAUUCUCAAAUAAAGGUUAGUAAUCAACCGUGCUAAUUGUAUAGUGGAUAAUUCUCAAGAUAGUUUGAUAAUCAAUUGACUUUGGCUGGAGGAUCAGGUGAAAAUGAAGUGAGAAUCUUUGAUUCACAAGAUUUUGACAAUGCUUAAAUAUGCAUCCAUGAUCUAUGCAGAGAAGUCAAUACUGUAGACUGGGCACAUAAAGAUUCCAGAUUUGCCUUCUCGGGUGGUGACGGCUACUUGAGAAUAUUUGAAAUAUAAUAAAUAAAUUGA